GAUCGUACGAAAGAACUUGGGACAACUUGUGCGAGUGGUCCCACACAAAAAAAAUUCAAUAAUUUGUUCAGAAUUCUGACCUGUUUUUGGAUCAAUUUCAAUGUCAUUAUUAACCCAGAUGAAGAACAUGGUCCAUUAAAGCUUAUACACAUCCACACACCUUUUUCAUUCACUCUUUAUUCCUCAAUUUCUGCACCAACACUAUAUCCUUUUACAAUUUACUCCUAUCAUGUAAUAAAUCCGUUAGUAUUAUGACAUUUAUCAUCCCAAUUCCCCAAACCCCAUCUUAUUUUUAGCAUUAUUCAUGCUUUAAUUAGCAAAAUUGAUGUAUUCAUAGUAUUUAUUGAUCUGGGUGAACAUGAAUUUGAUCAAAGAUUUGGUUUAAUGAAGAAGAAAUUAGUUUUACGGUUUAAGGAAUCGAAAAAUGAAUCAAAAUCAAAGUCAGAAGAAGUUUGUUGUGGUUGCUGUGAAAGCUUCAAGAGAAAUUCCAAAGACUGCAAUGGAAUGGGCACUUACCCAUGUUGUUCAACCUGGGAAUUCUAUUAAAUUAUUGGUCGUCACUUCCCCUCAAACUUUUGGCAAAAAGCUCUGGGGGUUUCAAAGGUUUACCACUGAUUGUGCAAGUGGUGCAUGGAGAUCUCACACAGGGACACUUUUGGAUCAAGAGGACGACAUUACCGAUUCUUGUUCACAAUUGAUUCAAAAAUUGUGUAAAGAUCACAAAUCGUGCAAGAUAAACGUAAAGAUAAAAGUUCUCUCCGGUUCCAUUGACGGAGUUGUGGCAGCUGAAGCCAAGAAGGAUCGAACAAAUUGGGUGAUACUGGAAAAAAAGCUGAAAAAUGAAGCAAAACAAUGUAUGGAGCAGCUUCAGUGCAAUGUGAUUAUGAUGAAAGGAUCUCACCCAAAGGUUCUUAGAUUGAAUUUAACAGGUUCUGGUGAAUUGGAACCUGAAGUCAUGCAGUCAUUAUCCUCCAUUGUUGAAGCACCAAAUUCAAAAGAUACAUACAAAUUUCCCCAUACAAUCAAAGUCCCAAAUGUGACUCCAAUCAGUAGUCCCGAGCACAAUACAUCUUACUCUGCGACUGAUGUAGGAACAUCGUCUAUAUCAAGCUCCGAGACUUCGUCAUAUUUUAUCUCUGAGACAAUUGAGGAAAAAAAAGACUCGGACUCAGAUUCUGAUAAUGAAUCAUUGAGUUCAACAAGCUGUCAUCAGCCUUGGAUGCUCAGUAGUCCCGUUUUUGGUAGCGCCAACUUAAAAUCUGACGUAGAUGGUUCAUUAAAAUCUACCGAUCAGAUUCUGGCUUCUGCAUCCUUAAGUCUGCUGAAAAGAUUUUCGGUAGCUGAAAUGCUGAAUCCUAGGCAGAAUCUUAAUUCAAACUUUACAAGUGUUCGGGAUGCUAUCUCGUUGUCUAAAAAUUCGCCUGCUGAUCCACCACCACUAUGCUCGAUAUGCCAGCAUAAGACGCCGAUAUUUGGAAAACCUCCAAAGUCGUUCACAUACUCAGAGUUGGCAAUGGCUACCGAUGUAUUUUCGUUGACCAAUUUUCUAGCGGAAGGUGGGUUUGGUUCUGUGUAUAGUGGGGUGCUGCCGGAUGGACAGAUCAUUGCAGUGAAGCAAUAUAAACUGGCUAGUUCUCAGGGAGAUUUGGAAUUUUGCUCUGAAGUGGAGGUCUUAAGUUGUGCACAACAUCGUAAUGUUGUAACUUUGAUAGGAUUCUGUGUGGAGGGUGGAAGAAGAUUGUUGGUUUAUGAAUAUAUUUGCAAUAAAUCGUUGGAUUAUCAUCUUUACGGACGUAGCAAUAACAUAUUAGAAUGGUCUGCACGGCAGAAGAUAGCUAUUGGAGCUGCUCGAGGAUUGAGAUACCUUCAUGAAGAAUGUCGUGUUGGCUGUAUUGUCCACCGUGAUAUGCGACCGAAUAAUAUCCUACUAACCCAUGACUUUGAACCAUUGGUCGGAGACUUUGGAUUGGCAAGAUGCCAGGCCGAUGGAGGCGUAGGCGAGGAAACAAGAGUGAUAGGGACAUUUGGGUAUCUUGCGCCUGAAUAUGCUCAAAGUGGUCAGAUCACGGAAAAAGCUGAUGUUUACUCAUUUGGCAUAGUACUACUAGAACUUAUCACAGGACGGAAAGCUGUGGAUAUAAAUCGGCCAAAGGGAGAGCAAUGCCUCACAGAAUGGGUACGGAGAUUAGUAAAACAAGAGAACCUCAAAAAGUUGGUUGAUCCAUUCUUGGGGAGUAGCUAUGCGAAAGAGGAGCUUUGCUCGAUGUUACAUUGUGCCUCGUUGUGCAUCAGAAAGGAUCCAAAUUCAAGGCCUCGUAUGUCUCAGGUUCUCCGGAUGUUGGAGAGUUGUAUGUUGAGCUGAAUCACUUAAGCAAAGGCUCGAUCCUGGCGACGGGUAACCCGACAGCAACGGAAGUAUUGUACUUUGUGACGAAGUACAUAGCGUGUCCUAUAUUUUUACUCUAGACGUUAUGUGCAUACGAAGGAGUGCUGAAAUUUUGGAGAAAUCCCGUCCAAGCAUGUUUAGGGAAAUCCCUCAUUAUGUAACAGGAUAGUCGAAGCUCAAUUCUUAAUUUUCUGCAAAUGUGCAUCAAUCGUCUUAUGUCAAUGCGGAUUUGAGGCCGCCUGUAAAGUUUCUGUAGCUAACAUUUCUUUCUAAAGAUGUGUUUUCCUUAUUUUUCCUGUAUAAUUUUAGACUAAUAAGUGCACAAGUUUAGAGUAUACUUGUAAAUCUUUAGAAGGUGUAUCAAUAGCCAGUGAGACUGGAUGUACAUGUUUAGUUAUGCAAUCAUGCACUCUUCUGUAUUCACUAAUAAUUAUCCAUGUGAACCGGUGAUUUUGGGCACGUAUAAUGUGUUGCGCUGUAGAGACAUUUUAAAAAAUGCAGUUAAAUUUUUUUAAUGCAUUUUCACUCUGCGUCUAUGUGACAAAUCUCUAUAUCCGUUUGUACAACAUGAAUGUUGAAUAUGU